AUGCUCAAUUCCAGCUGUUUUGUUUCCAUCCCAGGGAACAUCAACAUCUGUCUGAUGGGGGAUCCAGGUGUGGCCAAGUCCCAGCUGCUCACCUACAUCGACCGCCUGGCGCCGCGCAGCCAGUACACCACGGGCCGUGGCUCUUCGGGCGUGGGUCUGACGGCGGCCGUGCUGCGGGACCCCCAGAGCGGGGAGCUCACCCUGGAGGGGGGCGCCCUGGUCCUGGCCGACCGCGGCGUUUGCUGCAUCGACGAGUUCGACAAAAUGCUCGACGCCGACCGCGUGGCCGUGCACGAGGCCCUGGAGCAGCAGAGCGUGGCCGUGGCCAAGGCCGGCGUCAUGGCCACGCUCAACGCCCGCUGCGCCGUCCUGGCCGCCGCCAACCCGGCCCUGGGCCGCUACGACCCCCGGCGCAGCCUGGAGCACAACCUGCGGCUGCCGGCGGCGCUUCUGUCCCGCUUCGACCUCCUGUGGCUGCUCCAGGACCGGCCCCACAGGGACCGAGACCUGCGGCUGGCCCAGCACGUCACCUUCGUUCACCGGCACAGCCGAGAACCGCCCAGCGCCUGCCGGCCCCUGGACAUGAAACUCAUGAGGCGCUACAUCGCCACCUGCCGGCGGCGGCGGCCGCUGCUGCCCGAGGCUCUGGGCGAGUUCAUCACGGCCGCCUACGUGGAGCUGCGGCGGGAGGGGCGCGGGGACGGCCUCUACACAUCUGCCAGGACCCUGCUGGCCAUCCUGAGACUGGCCACGGCCCUGGCCCGGCUGCGCCUGGGGGCUCAGGUGGAGAAGGAUGACGUCAGCGAGGCGCUGCGGCUGCUGGAGGCGGCGCGAGACUCCCUGAGGGGGGAGCCCGAGCCCGGGGCCAGGUGUCCCCGCCCAUCGGAGGCGAUUUUUGGGAUCCUGCGGGAGCUGGGGGGGCCCGGGGGGCGCUCGGUGCCCCUCCCCCACGCGCUGCAGGUGCUGGGGGCUCGCGGCUUCACCCCCGGCCAGGUGAGCGAAGCCCUGGGCGAGUACGAGCGGCUCAACGUGCUGCAGGUGAACCCCGGCAGGAGCAGCAUCACCUUCGUGUGA